AUGGGUAAGAAUAUUACAGUUGCUCAUAUCCAGUAUGACUUUGAUGCUGUUUUGGAAGAGGAGCAUGAAAAUGAUGAUGGCUUUUACAUCAACGUAGACAGAAACCUGAAUGAAAUCAAGGAAUACAGAAUAAAAGUGCUAGCAAAUAACGAGGGCGUAGAUGCAGGCGAAAAAAAUAGUUUUGAGAAGAUCAAUCCUCAUCUCUAUAUGGCACAACUGAACGGGCAGAAGUUUCUGUUCAAUACCAUCAAGAAAGAUUAUUCAAAGAUGUUCGAGGGUGCGGAUUAUACUGCUGUAGAUUUGAUCAAAGUUCCGACGAAGCAGUUCAUAUUAGGUACUACAGAAGGUAGUAUUAAAGUACUGGAUUCGAAUUUUAGCUUGGAAAGAGAAAUUAACCAGGCGCACGCUGGUGAGAUAACAAAAUUAAAGUUUUUUCCAAGUGGUGAGGCUCUGAUCUCUGGUUCGCAAGAUAUGCAGGUAAAGAUAUGGUCCGUAAAAGAUGGUUCCAAUCCUCGCUCAUUAAUCGGACACAAGGCGACAAUUACAGAUAUUGCUAUAAUAGACCGUGGGAGGAAUGUACUUUCUGCCUCUCUGGAUGGUACCAUUCGUCUAUGGGAAUGCGGCACAGCAUCGACUGUUCAUACUUUCAGCAGAAAAGAAAACCCACAUGACGGUGUGAAUAGCAUAGCCCUAUUCGUGGGAACGAAGGAGCAACUGCUUGAGAGUCCAGAUAUUAAAAAAAGAGAUCUAGAGUUUGGAACAUACGGUAAGCAUGUUAUUGCAGGCCACGCUUCUGGAGUUAUUACUGUACAUGAUGUCUUUUCGAGAAGGCAAAUUACUCAACACCCAAGCAAGUUCACAUCUUCAUGUAAUUCGUUGGCGAUCGACGUGAAUGAUCCGAACUAUAUUUACGCAGGCUAUGAAAAUGGAAUGUUAGCUCAAUGGGAUUUAAGAUCACCAGAACACCCAGUCGAUGAGUUCUCUAUUAAUGAAGGCGUUCGGAUAAAUAGCGUUUGCUUUGCUGAUGAUUUUUUGCUUGUCUCUUCUGGGCUUGACACUAGUAUUAAGUUUGAUAUUACUAGGGAUCCAAAAAGCCAGCAUCCCGUAAUUGCAUCUAAAGCGCCUAUAUUUUUAGUCUCUGAUGAUAACGAAGUUAAUCAGUUUUGCUACACGCCGCACAGUGAAUCACAAAAGGAGGUGAUCACAGUUGGUAAACAUAAUUUCUUUGCUUUGUAUAAUCUGAGUAGUGAUGUUUUUAUAUAA